AUGCCGAACCGGAUCACACGCCGCUCGAGGCUAUUUGCCUCAUCCUUCUCCUUGCCUAUCCUCACUCAGAGGCGACGAAUCACCUUUGGGUUCUGGGCCCGCAGUACUAAAGAGACGCAUAUAGCAGACGCUGAGCAGACUGGGCGACAUGCUGACCGGGAUGGGCAAAUCCGCGUCUUAGACCUCGAUGCCGGUCAAGGCGGCGCUCCUCUAUCGGGGGUGCUCAGAACCAUCGCGUUGAACGACGAGACAGAAACAUAUCAAUCGUUAUCGUACGUCUGGGGCGCGCCGUUUUCAGGACCCGGUCUUCCACCAGUUAUCAAUCUAGGCUCAGGAGUUCUACCGAUUUUUCCAAACUUAAACAAGGCUCUGCGGGCAAUUCGGUCGCCUACUGGUACUAUUUCGGUCUGGAUCGAUGCCGUCUGCAUAAACCAGCAGGAUCUCGAAGAGCGCGUCCAGCAGGUGACCUACAUGGCCAAGGUAUACUCCAAGGCGAGCACAGUCAGAGUAUGGCUAGGCGAGGACUCUGAGGCGUCGGUUCUGGGCAUGGAGAUGCUCUCUUUUCUGGCCGGGGACCAACACUUUGACAACUCACCCUGGACUCGGACCGAACCUGAACUUGUGGCGCAGGCCUUGCAGGACGUGCUGGGUAGGGCGUAUUUCACUCGCGUCUGGGUCGUGCAAGAAGCAGCACUGGGCCGCAGCGUGCAGAUGCAGGUGGGAUCGCUCAGCGUCACCUGGUCCGACGGCCAAGCCACGCGGCUCUUUCUGGCCCGCAUCAAGCUCGCCGAGAUCUCUCCCUCAUGGGAAGGUCCGCUGCGCGACAUUGACUUCAGGCCUCUGACCGAGCUGCUCGAGCAGAGCCUGUCUUACACAAACAAGAAGCGCGGCCGCGUGGAGCCGCCGUCCCUGCUUGAUAUCGUGCACAGCAUGAGGCAUAGGAAUGCCACGGACCCAAGGGACAAGAUCUAUGCUAUGAUGGGGCUCGCGUUGCCAGAGGCGGUGGCUGGAUUCAUUCCUGACUACUCGGAAUCGUGGCAGGACACAUACGAACGGUUUUAUAGCUUGGUCGAGGGACAGAUCCUGGCUGAUCCGGGUGCCACAUUGGACGACAUGAGAGAUGGAAACCAAGCUUGA